AUGAAAUCUGCUAUUCUUCUCUCCGCCCUCAUCCCUAGUGCGCUGGCCACCAUCUACCUUGCUGGUGACUCGACUAUGGCAAAGGGCGGGACUGGAUCCAGCACCCAGGGUUGGGGUGAAUAUGUUACGCCCUAUACCUCACUCACCGUCUCCAACCAAGCUGUCGGCGGCCGUAGCGCACGGUCAUACACGCGUGAAGGUCGGUUCGAUGACAUUGCAGCCGUGGUUAAAUCUGGAGAUUGGGUGGUCAUCGAAUUCGGACACAACGAUGGUGGCUCUUUGACUACCACCGAUAAUGGGCGUAGCGACUGUUCUGGCACAGGCAGCGAGACCUGUAGCACAACCUACAAUGGGGUCGCCGAGACAGUGUUGACGUUCCCGGCAUAUAUUGAGAAUGCCACCAAGACGUUCAAGGCCAAGGGCGCCAAUGUGAUCAUCUCCAGUCAAACGCCCAACAACCCCUGGGAAACUGGAACUUUCACCUAUACCCCGUCGCGGUUUGUGGGCUACGCGGAGUUGGCAGCUGCUGCUGCCGGCGUGCCCUAUGUUGAUCACGGGGCUUAUGUGGCAGACCAAUUUCAGAAGCUCGGUCUGACUGCUGUCGAUGCGUACUUCCCCUUGGACCACACGCACACCAGUCCUACCGGUGCGUCGGUAGUGGCUCAGGCCUUUUUCAAGGCUGUUGUUUGUGGGGAUGUUGAUCUGAAGAAUUCUCUGAGCACCACCUCUUUCCCUGGUUCGUGUCUCUAA